AUGGGGGAGUCAGAGGUAACCAUAGGGGGAGAAGUUGUUGCAUGCACGUCCAAGUUCAAAUAUUUAGGAUCAAUGAUUCAGAGUAAUAGGGAGAUUUAUGGAGAUACUACUAAUCGUAUACAAGCGGAAUGUUGGCCCGUAAAGAAGGUUCUCAAACAAAUGAUAGAAGUAUCAAAAAUGCGUGUGCUGAGGUGGAUGGGUGGUAAUACUACGAUGGAUAGGAUAAGAAAACCAGGAGUUCAAGGAGAAGUCAUGAGUUGCACCUUUCUCCGCAAAGAUGCAGGGGAACCUGUUGAGAUUGUUUGGGCAUGUGCAGACAAAGAAACAUGA